GAGAAAAUAAAGUAAGCCUUUUGAGAAUUGUGAAACCCUAAUUAAGUCUCUCGUUGUCCUCAAACAUUCACUGUGUCGUCGUUUCUUCUUUCUCAAGCAAAUUAGGUUUUACCUAACAUGAGUGAUACGGACGUCACCUUUCAAGUAUGCUUUAAUGGGAGAUUUGAAAUUCAUGAAGGUGGUAUAGUAACUUACAAUGGAGGCAAUUCACAUAUCCUUGUAGGACAGCCACAUAAAUUGUUCACUGAUUUGAUGAAAGAAGUUCCUAUAUCACUAUAUGGGCAAAGGUUCUGGUACAAGUUUCAGAAUGAAGAUUUAAGUGAGCUGAAGAUAAUUGGUAGUGUGGUUACUGAUAAUUUUCAGAAGAUGUGUCAAAGUUCUUACUGGAAUAAAUACAUCGACAUUUACAUGGAGCAUGAGAGCAUUGAUGAUGCGAGAGAGGAACGUAACAAUGUUGAUGGGGCUAACACAGGAAACAACAAUGAUCCUAAAAGAAGAGGUGACAAAGAAAGCGAUUCUGAAAAGGAGUUUGAAGAGGAGAGACGAGUUGAAUCUGUUGUGGCUGGGAUUUCUGAGGACCAGGAUAAUGAAAAUUAUCAAGAUACUCCUCCUGUCUCUGACUGUGAGGAAGAAGAAACUGGGAAUCCUUAUGAUCGAUGGAGGAAAGGCAGUGGAGAGUUACAUAUAAGGCAAGUAUUUGAUGGUAUUAAAGAGUUUAGGGAAGCAGUGUUGGAGUACGCUUUACAAGGAGGAUGGAAUAUUCAGUUCACUAGAUGGGGAGGAGUGAAAUCUGAGGCUAAAUGUGGUGUCGAAGUGGAUGAAGGGGAAAUCCCGUGUUCUUGGAGAAUAUAUUGUUCUUAUGAAGAAUUAGUGGGUCUAUGGAUGGUGAAGACCUUUCAAGAUGUGCAUAGUUGUUUCAAGGAUGGUCGUUGCAAGAUAUUAUCUGAUACAAUCAUUGCUAAGAUGUUCCUAAAUGAAGUACGAAAUGAUCCACUAAUGAAACCGAAGGUUAUUCAAGAACAAAUUCAGCUGCGUUAUGAGUUGAGUACCUCAAUUGAUCAAUGCGGAAAGGCUAAGAAUAAAGCGUUGGAGCUCAUUCAAGACGAAUACAAUGAACAAUAUCGUAGGAUAAAAGAUUAUGAAGCUGAGAUUCUAGCGACCAAUGAAGGUGCAACAACCGAGCUCAGGACCGUAAUUGGAGCAGGUGAUCUUGAGGUAUUUGACCGAUUCUAUGUGUGUUUCCGUGUACUAAAAGACACAUGGAAAGCACACUGUCGACCAGUGUUUGGUAUUGAUGGUUGUUUCCUCAAAUCAACAACAAAAGGACAACUACUAGCGGCCGUCGGGAGGGAUGCAAACAACCAGAUUUAUCCUCUUGCUUGGGCUGUUGUUCAUGUAGAAAAUACUGAGAGUUGGGUGUGGUUCAUUCAGAAGCUGAAGAUGGAUUUGAACCUUGGGAAUGGUGAUGGGUUCACACUUAUUUCUGAUCGUCAAAAAGGAUUACUAAUUGCUGUGGAUCAAGAAUUGCACAAAGUGGAGCAUAGAAUGUGUGCUAGACACAUUUAUGGAAACUUGAAGAAGAAUUUCCCCAAGAGUCCUCAGAUGAAGAAGCUGUUUUGGAGGAUAGUUGAGAGUUUCAACGAGCCUGAUUAUAAAGCAAACUUGAAAGCUUUGAAGGAGUACGACAAUGAAGUGUAUGAAGCAUUGAUGGUUAGGAGGCCUGAAACGUGUAGUCGCGCAUUCUUCAGAACGUCAUGUACUUGUGAAGAUGCAUUGAACAACAACUCCGAGUCUUACAACAGUACUCUAGAGAAAGCCAGGUCAAUGCCAUUAGUUGAGAUGUUAGAAACCAUGAGGAGACAAGCAAUGGUCCGGAUCGAUCUUAGGAAAGUUAAGUCUACCAACCAUAAGGGAAAGUUCAGUGAAAAGGUUGGUAAGGUCAUUGCUUUGGAGACAAAGUAUAGGAAGGAUUGUCGAAUUUACCCUGGAUCUACUGGUGAAUUUGAAGUGACUGAGGGUAACAACUCUUACUCCGUUAAUAUGAAAACAAAGACGUGUAGCUGCAGGAGGUGGGAUUUAACUGGUAUUCCUUGUCGACAUGCACUUCGCGUUGUACACGAUAGGAAGAAUUACAAGACAGAAAACUUGGUCUCUGAUUGGUACUUGACAGAGACUUGGCGGAAGCAAUAUUCAGACUCGUUGAAACCUGUCAGAGGAAUUAAGUUUUGGAAGGCAACCGGUGAAUCAUCUCUAGAAGCCCCACCAAGGGAGAAGAAAUCAAAGGGUAGGAAGAAAAAGCCUCAAAAAAGAAUCAAGGGUAUCAAUGAAUCUCCAACUAAAGGAAAAUCGGUUACAAGGCACUCACGAGUAAUGCAUUGCUCACACUGCAGUAUGGCUGGUCAUUAUGCAACUUCGUGUGCUAAUCAAGGUGUUCCCCUGAAACCACGACCCAUCAAGAAGAAGAAAGUUCAGAACUCACAAGAAGGAUCUCAAGGAGUGGAGCCAAUGAGUAUUGAUGGUGAAUCAUCUCAAGGAGUGAAGUUAUGAAGUUAAGGUUAUGUUAGUUUGUGGCUUUGGUAGUGUUUUUUUCGAAAAUUGACUAUGUUGGUGUGUUUUUUUUUUGCUAUUCGACUAUGUUGACUAUGUUGGUGUUUCUGUUUUGGUAUUUCGGUAAACUAUCACUAGUGAUGGAACAAUCUCAAUUGACUAUGUUACGCUCGUGUUGUGUU